AUGAAUGCCAAUGAAAUAUCAAACAACAAAAACAAACUAUUUCAAUAUAUUCAGCCUCGAAUCAUAGACCAAUUCAUCAUUAUUUGGUUCGAUGCUGACAUCCACAGUGACAAGCAAACAAGCAAACAUAUACUUGAUCAGCUGAAAUUAAUCUCGAAUGAAAUCAAAAUAUUUUCGGAUGUAAAUGAAUGUGUCGAUUUUAUUACAGAUAUCGCAGAUAAAAAAAUACUGCUCAUUAUUUCUUCAAUAGCUGGCCAAUUAUUAUUGCCUUUCAUCGAACAUAUUUCUCAGCUUUAUUCAAUUUAUUUCUUCAAUAGUCAACAUACAUAUGAUGAUCAAUGGACAUUCAAAGAAAACAAAGUAAAAGGAAUAUUUUUCGAAAUUGAAUCUAUGUGUGGAGCAUUGAAAAGAGACUUGUGUCAGUUGGUAAAUGACUCGGCAUUAUUCAGUAUUGUUUCUACAAAGUGUGGUCAUAAUUUCGAUCAAUUAGAUCAAUCGUUUAUGUAUACCACAUUACUCAAAAAAGCUAUUCUUGAAAUUGAACAUGAUCCAAAAGCUCGAGAAAGAUUCACACGAUUCUGUUUGAAUCGUGUUUUUGAUGAACCAUUACAAACAGAGAAAAUAUAUGGAUUUCAACGCUCUUAUGGUGAACAUGCACCCAUUUGGUGGUAUACAAAAGAGUACUUUGUGUAUACUCAAUUGAAUCAAGCUUUACGAACACAAGAUACAGAGUUCAUGAUUGAAAUGGGAUUUUUUCUUCGCGAUCUUCAUCGAGAUAUUGAGCGGAAAUAUUCAGAAACUGAUAAAACUACAAAGAAAUAUGUCUAUCGAGGCCAAGGACUAUCAGUUGCCGAUUUUAACAAAAUUAAAGAACGAAAAGGUUGUCUUCUGUCAUUUAACAACUUUCUAUCGACGAGUGCUGAUAGAGAGGUUGCAUUAUUGUUGGCCGAAAGCAAUCUACAGAAAAGUGGUAAUAUAGGAAUUUUAUUUCAAAUGGAAAUCGAUCCAAAGGUUUCUUCCACACCUUAUGCACUGAUUCAAGAUGACAGUGCGUUUGUCGAAGAACGAGAGGUAUUAUUUUCAAUGCCAAGUGUUUUCCGUAUUGGUGAAAUUAUUGAAAUCCAGGAUCGAUUGUGGGAGGUGAAUCUGAAAUUUACUAGUGACGAUGAUUCUGAACUGACAUCUCUGACCAAUUAUAUUAGAAAUGAAAUGAAAGAAGCUUCCGGUUGGUAUUCCAUCGCUGAAUUAAUGAUAAGAAUGGGAAAAUACGAGAAAGCUCUUGAAAUCUAUGGUGCCUUAUGUUCAGAAAAUGUUCAUGGUAAUGGCUUUGAGGAUUAUUGUUUAAAUCUUGUGCUCAAUUUGAAUAUGGUAGCAACGGAGCAUCUUUUGGGGAAAUACUCAAGUGCGCUUAAACAAUUGCAAAGCUUGCUUGAAACGUUGCGCGAUAUAUUCCCAUCAGAUCAUCUACUGUUUUCUACAAUUUACAACACAUUUGGUUUGAUACAGCGAGCCAUCGGAGAUUAUAAAACAUCAUUGUCAUACGUUGAAAUGUCGCUUGAGAUACAGCUAAGAUCUUCGCCAGCAGACCAGGCCAAUUUAUCUAUGACUUAUAACAAUGCAGCUACGACAUAUUAUAUGAUGGGUGAUAAUAUUAUGGCACUUAAGAGUUAUGAGGAAGCACUAGUGAUUCAGCAAAAGUCAUUACCUACAAAUCAUCCUUGCUUAGGAUACACUUACGCAAAUAUUGGCCUUGUAUAUCAAUCGAUUGGAAACAAUGUUUCUGCCAUCACACAUCUUGAAAGAGCACUCGAAAUUUUUCACAAAUCUAUUCCAGCUGAUCAUCCGGACUUGGGCAUGAUUCAUAAUAGCAUAGGUAUGGUGCAAACUUGUGUGGGUAACUGUCAAGUAGGACAUGAAUGUUUUGAGAAGGCACUAAAGAUUCAACAGAAGUCACUUCCAGCCAAUCAUCCCAACUUAGGAAUUGUUCAUAGCAAUAUCGGUAUCGUUUAUCAAUUCACUGGCAAGUAUUCUGAUGCGCUCACGGCUUAUAAGAAAGCGCACAGAAUUCUUCAGAAAUCUUUUCCAGAAGAUCAUCCACUACUAGUAGUAAACGACUCGUAUAUUGCCUGGGUGUAUACUAUGUUAGGAAACUACUCAAAAGCAUUGGUACACUUCGAAAAAACAUUGGCAAAUCAAGAGAGAGCGGUCACUCCCAAUCCUCAAUACUUGGCAAUAACCUAUAAUGGCCUUGGUAUAUUGUAUCAAGCAAUGGGAAAUUUUUCAAAGGCGAAAUUGUAUUAUGAAAAAGCGCUCGAACUUUUGCAGAAGUAUCUUCCACCUAAUCAUGCUACAUUGGCCAGAAUUUAUAGCAACCUCGGUCAGUUAAGUUUCUGGAUGGGAGAUUAUAUAACUGGAUGCUCAGCAAUGAGUAAAGCGACUAAGAUCGAGCAGAAAUCACAUUCAGCUCAUCAGAAUCAUUCAUCUCUUGCUAUUAAUACUGAUACAAGUAACACUUUACGUCAAUCCAUGAAUUCUUAUUCGGACCUAAUGUCGCAACUUGGUGGUACUUUUGAAGGCGCACAGAGAUUGUUUUCAUCAGAUCAGCAAGUAGAGAAUUGGACAGAAGAAGAUCUGAAUAGAGCACAUUCACUAUUAAAAAGUCUGACAUCUGUAGUACCGAACUUAGACAGAGUAUUGCAGGAUCAGCGAGAACUCCUUUCAACCAAUCCUUCGACGCUUUUUGGAGCACCUAUUAACCUCGCUGAACAAAAUCAAGCACUAGACUAUGGAAGUAAUGUUUCAGAAUGUUUGAAAAAGAGCCUUGUUAGUUUACAAAAUCUGUGUUCAACAGAUGAAGCAGAAAUUUCUUCUAUCCUUGACGGCACGAGCAGUUCAGAUGCGAUAAGGGAAAAUGUUCUAGGUAUGUUUCAAGGACUUGAUAAGCUCGUUGAACUCCAUCAAAACUCUCUGCCUCCUGACAACCCAUCUUUGGCUAUAUUCUACAACAACUAUGGUAGUCAAAAUUGUUCUAUGGAUAACCACUCACUCGCGUUGCUUUUCUACGAGAAAGCACUUGACAACAUCAUCAAUCGUCUACCUAAUAACUACCAAUUAUUAGCUAAAACUUACAAUAAUAUGGCAACAGAAUUAGAUCAUCUCGAGCGUCAUGCGGAAGCCAUUGAUAACGCUGAAAAAGCUUUUCAAACUGCAGAGUCUGCUUUCGGAAUGCAUCAUGAAGAAACCAUAUUCUACCAAAAUCAACUUCAACAACUUCAAAGAAAAGGACGAUUUAUAUAUGAAAAUAUUUAG